UCUUCCUCUCUGCUUCUCGACACCCGUCCCCUCCGCUCCGUCCGUGCCUCCUACCAUGCCCAAACGCCGUACACCCGCCGAGGAAGAGGAGGCCGUGCGCGUCAGCAACGCCAUAGACGAGGAGCUUAGGCGCGAACGGGAGGUUUUGCGGAGGAGGCGAGCUAAGGACGUGAAAGUGAUGCUCCUUGGCCAAGCCGAGUCGGGCAAGUCUACCCUCCAGAAGCAGUUCCAGCUCUAUUACUCCUCCAAGACUCUGGACGAGGAACGGCCGUCAUGGCGGCCGAUCGUCUACUUUAACAUCCUCAAGGCUAUCCGCAUGAUUCUAGAUGAACUCGACUGGCAGUACGGCCUCGGGUCCUCCGGCGACCCACUCGCCGUUCCACUUGCGCCCUCCACCUCGAACACCUCCGGAUCGGGCUCGAACUCCGGCUCUUCGACGCGCUCGCAGCCGAACCCCGCGUGGUUCCCCGAACUUUCUCUGCUCCGGAACAAGCUCCUCCCUCUUGUCGCCAGCGAGGACGCGCUCGCAGCAGAGCUAAGCGGCGGGGUCACCGUUACCGGCGGGCGUUCCGGCGUAUACGUGCGGUCAGGCUGGCAGGCCCUCAUUACCGGCAACCGCUCCUGGCCACUCUCAGAGAACUACCGCACGGCAAUGACACCACGACAGUCUGCGGUGACAAACAUCGUCGCGACGACCCUCGCCGCGUCGCAGCACGAAAUCGAGAUGAUGUGGUGGCACCCCGGUGUGCAGGGCCUGAUCAAGAGCAACAAGCUGCGCCUGGAGGAGUACGCUGCGUUUUUCCUUGCCAACAUUCGCCGGAUCGCGCAGCCGGAUUACCUUCCCUCGAACGAGGACAUCCUGCACGUAAGACUGCAGACGAUCGGCGUGAACGAACAUCAAUUCGAUAUCAACCUCGGCGGCACGCAGUACAACUGGCUCCUGUACGAUGUAGGCGGUGCGCGCGGCCAACGACACGCAUGGGUGCCCUACUUUGACGACGCGACGGCCAUCAUCUUUCUCGCGCCGAUCAGUGCCUUCGACCAGUACCUCGAGGAGGACCCGCGGACGAAUCGGAUAGACGACUCGCUGCAGCUGUUCACCGCGAUAUGCUCGAACAAGCUGCUCUCGAACGCCGCGCUCGUGCUUAUGCUUAACAAGACGGACCUGCUCCGGCAGAAGCUGCAGGCCGGCAUCAAAGUUCGCAAAUACAUCUCGUCGUACGGGGACCGGCCAAACGACUACGAGGAGGUGUGCGAGUACUUCCGCGCGCACUUCAUACAGGUGCACCGCCGGAAGGACGUUUCGCACCGGCCGCUAUACUUGCACUUCACGUCUAUGCUCGACAUCAAGGCGACACAGUCGAUCAUCAUCAACGUCGGCGAAGCGAUCAUGCGCCAGCACCUCACCAAGAUCGGGCUGGCAUAAUACACGGCCGCCCUCCCUGUCCCCGUCCUGCCGUCCCGUCGCCCGCCACACGUCUCGCUUUUUCCCGGCACGAUGUACUUUACUGUACUAUAACUCAUUCAUUAUGUGGCGUGGCUAAAGCGGCGGGGCGUGAGUGGCGGGUGUGUCUGGUCGUUCGGUAGGCUGGGAGCAUGGGGUAUUGUGUGUGCGUGUGCGGGGAUGUUAUAUAUGAUCGUUUAUCAUGAGAUUUUGGUGUACGGUAGGCGUUAAGAGUAUAGGGUUUUGUAAGAUACGCCGUUUCG